GUAGGUUGAAUUUUCAAGGUCACUAUAACGUGCUAGACGGUCGUCCAUAAAUUAUCGUAUCACAAAUAACAUGCAUUCAUAUCCCGUUUACUUCAGCGUGUGAUAUUAAGAUCUUAUCUUGCAGUCUUUGGUUCUUAUGAACCAUGUUGAUCCCUGAGGACCAAAUAUGGAUGGUCGUUGUUGGUUUUAUAAUAGCUUUUAUUCUUGCUUUUGGAAUUGGUGCAAAUGAUGUGGCAAAUUCAUUCGGGACUAGUGUUGGGGCCAAAGUAUUAACACUGAAACAAGCUUGUAUUCUUGCCACAAUCUGUGAAUUAAGUGGUUCUGUUCUUUUAGGUGCCAAAGUUUCCAAUACCAUACGGAAAGGUAUUGUUAGUGUCGAACUUUUUCAAACCAUCGACAACGGGCAUGUACUCUUGAUGGCCGGACAGGUUGCUGCUCUGGGUGGUUCUUGUAUUUGGCUUUUGGUUGCUACAUUCUUCCGUCUUCCAGUCUCUGGCACACAUAGUAUUGUAGGUGCAACGAUGGGUUUUAGUCUUGUUGUCUUUGGACUCAAUGCUAUUCAAUGGAAAGGACUACUCAAAAUUGGAUUUGAUUAUACUUUGCCUACAUUCAUUUCUAUCGUAUGACAGUUCAAUUAAAUAUACCGAAUUAUUGAAUAAUAAUAAUAAUAAUAAUAAUAAUAAUAAUAAUAAUACUUGCUUGCUUAUGCCUGUUACCCCUCAUGGAGGAGCAUAGUUCGUCCACCAGCAUUCUGAGACCAACUCUGUCCUGGGCAAUCCUUUACAGUUGUUUCCAGUUGCUAUUCAUCCUUUUGAUGUCUGCUUCCGAUAAUGAUUAUAAUUAAUUUACUGUUCUACUUAUUGACACUUUAUACUUAUAAGGAUUGAAUGAGUAUUAACUUUUUGUAUAACAUAUUCAUACUACAUAAUUUGAUAACUCGACUGUAAUCUACUGUUUUUACAUAUUAUAUUUUAUGCAACUAUACAUGUAGAACUGUUCAUUUUAUUUGUUUGUAUAUAAAUAUGGAAUGCUAUCAUGGUCAUAUUCUAGAACGGUAACGAUAGCUAAUGUUGUUAUUGUAUAUAAUUGACUUUAAUUGUGUAACUUGGACUUUAUUUUCUAUGUAAUUCCUUUUAUUUGUUUCUAUAAACUACGAAUCAAAUAUUUUCAUACAGAGCUUAGUUAAGUUUUCCUAAAAUAGUUUUUUUCUUAUAACUUGUAAAGGGCUAGUUAUCUUUUAUUUUAAAGUAGGAUAAAUUUGUUCAGUUUCUUCACUUGACUUUAGAUACAUUCAUGCUGUAUAGACUUAUGUUAAUUGAGAUGACUGGUUUGUUAAAAUUUUUUCCUCAUUUUGGAAUUAGU